AUGUCGUCAACUCUCCACAAAAUUCUCAUACACGGCCAAGAUAUAGUUUGUGACUCAAAAUUAUCUGUUGGGAUUUUAUCAGAAGAGGCUCAAGAAGCUUCUCUCCUACCAUUAUGUUCAACUAAUUGCCUUCAUUUCAUUUUCUCUUCCUUUUGCACGCUGUUCCUGUUGAUAUCUGACUGCUGUGACUGCUGCUGCUGGUUUAUAGGUUUUGUCUAUGGCAAUCAUCACAAAACUGAUACCGAAACUGAGGGCAAUGUCGAUGGCCUAACGUUGAUACCCUCUGAACCAACAAUGGUUCGGUAUACAAACGAAUCUUUGAUUGUGUUGUGUCGCAGUCCAACACCGGAAGUAAAACUACACUGGAAGUCGCCAAAAGGUGAAAUAAUCGAAGAGCAUAAAGGACGCAUACACAUUGAACCGAGUUCAAAACCAGAAGAAUUAAAAUUGGUUUUCAUGCACAUUUCAUUGGCCGAUAAGGGUAAUUGGGUCUGUGAGGAUACCACAGGUGGCAAAGCAGAAAAAAUCUUUGAUUUAAUAGUCUUUCAAAAAAUUACAUUUACUGAGAACACCACAAUUUUAACAGUGAAAGAAGGUCAGAAUGCCACAAUACUGUGCGAAGUUAAGGGAGAACCACAACCAAAUAUAACAUGGCAUUUCAAUGGUCUACCGAUUUCAGUUGAUAUCAAUUCAACAAAAUUUCGAAUUUUAGGUGAUGGAUUACUCAUCAACACAGUUACACAAAACGAUACUGGCGAAUAUACGUGUCGUGCUUAUCAAGUCAAUCCCAUUGCAUCCGAUAUGCAAGAGCGUACGGUUUUGAUGAAAAUUGAACACAAACCCAUGUGGACCCAUCACGAUGAUAAAAAAGACCAUUAUACCUACUUGAAUGGUACGACUGCAUUAAGAUGUGAAGCUGUCGCAGAACCACCAGGCAAUUUUACUUGGUAUCGCUAUAAAAAGCAAAUACACAACGAUAAACAUUUCACCAUUGAAAACGAUAAUUACAUCUCAAUACUGCAUAUUAAGGCGGGCGAUGAGAGUGUUUUCAGUAUCUACAAAUGUAAGGUCAAAAAUCAUUUGGGCAGCAUUGAACGUUCCAUUGUAUUGAAGAGUGGUGUAAAGCCACCCACUCCACAUCCCAUCCAACUGAGGGGACUAAAUUCACACACUUUCGAUAUUGAAUUGGCCGUUACACGACCCAACAACAUCAAGCCACUGAUGGAGGUGAACGGUUAUCGCAUUGAGUAUAUGAGCGAAAUGGAAUUCAAAAAGGACUCUGGCAAAUGGUUGAAUGCCAAACGUAAAGAUUUCAAUUAUGAAAGUGGUGCAACAUUUCUGCUUAACAAUCUGGAGGCAAAUACAACCUACUUGGUACGAGCAGCAUCACGUAAUGUGGCUGGUUUAAGUGAUUGGACAAAAGUUGAAAAAUUCCGCACUCAAUUUAUUCCACAAACAUCGGCAUCCUCAAAUGUGGCAGCCUUUACUCAUAUUUUAUGUUUCACUUUAGUGGCCUUAAUUUUAAGUCAAGAUCUAACAUUCGCUCUUCCCUUCACUUUCAUUAACCUACCUCCGUUAGUUACUGCUAAUGCGGAACAUUUGUGA